GGCACAGAGGAGGAGGGGGGAGUUAAUGACUGAGUGUGUGUGUGGAGGAGAGAGGAGCUCAUAACAUCUCGCAUUUCCAGAUUUCUUCGUGUUUUCAAUCCUCCGCGUCGAGAAGCUCACAGCCGGCGGCAGCAGCGUCUCCCCCGGCCCGAGGAGGAGGCGUCUCAGCGGGCGAGCAGAGAAAGUGCGUUGUUGUGGGUUGACUCGGAUCAUCAUCAUCAUCAUCAUCACCCUCCUCCUCCUCCUCUUCAUCCUCAUCUUCCUCCGGCCUGCUGAGAAGCGAAGCCGGGAGCUGGAGUUCGCAGCAGAGCACUCACCAUGGCGGUAAACCUGGACAAGGAGGCGUACUACCGCCGCAUCAAGAGAUUAUACAGCAACUGGAAGAAAGGAGACGAUGAGUUUGGCAAAGUCGAUGCCAUCGUGGUUUCAGUCGGAGUGGACGAGGAGAUCGUUUACGCCAAAUCCACAGCCAUACAGACGUGGCUGUUUGGCUACGAGUUGACGGACACCAUCAUGGUGUUCUGCGAGACCAAGAUCAUCUUCCUCGCCAGCAAGAAGAAAGUGGACUUCCUCAAACAGGUGGCGAUAACUAAAGGCAACGAGAACGCCAACGGUGUCCCGCCCAUCACCUUGCUCACCAGAGAGAAGAAUGAAAGCAACAAGGCCAACUUUGACAAGAUGAUCGAGGCGAUCCGAGGCAGCAAAGAAGGAAAGGCGGUGGGAAUUUUCAGCAAGGACAAGUUCCCCGGAGAGUACAUGAAGAGCUGGAACGACACGAUCACUGCCGAGGGACUGGAAAAGGUGGACAUCAGCGCUGUGGUCGCGUACACGACAGCGGUGAAGGAAGACGGGGAGCUCAACCUGAUGAAGAAGGCAGCGGCCAUCACCAGCGAGGUUUACUCCAAGUUCUUCAAAGAGCGCGUCAUGGAGAUCGUUGAUGCAGAUGAGAAAGUGCGUCACAGCAAACUGGCCGAGUCCGUAGAGAAGGCCAUCGAGGAGAAGAAGUACCUGGGUGGUGCUGAUCCUUCCACGGUGGAGAUGUGUUAUCCCCCCAUCAUCCAGAGCGGUGGAAACUACAGCCUCAAGUUCAGCGUCGUCAGCGACAAGAAUCACAUCCACUUUGGUGCCAUCACGUGCGCCAUGGGAAUCCGCUACAAGUCGUACUGCUCCAACCUGGUGCGAACCCUCAUGGUGGACCCUCCUCAGGAGAUGCAGGACAACUACAACUUCCUGCUGCAGGUGGAGGAGGAGCUGCUCAAAGAGCUCAAACACGGUGUAAAAAUCUGCGACGCCUACAACGCCGUUCUGGAUUAUGUGAAGAAGGAGAAGUCGGACCUUGUAUCAAAGCUGACGAAAAACCUCGGAUUUGCGAUGGGAAUCGAGUUCAGAGAAGGCUCUUUGGUUCUGAACGCUAAGAACCAGUACAAACUGAAAAAAGGCAUGGUGUUGAGUAUUAGUUUGGGAUUUGCUGACCUUGUGAAUAAAGAGGGUAAAAAGGACGAGCAGAAGAAAUAUGCCUUAUUUAUUGGUGACACAAUACAGAUCAAUGAGGAAGAGGCGGCCACGAUACUCACACCAGUCAAGAAGAAGAUCAAAAACGUGGGGAUCUUUUUGAAGAAUGACGACGAGGAGGACGAGGAAGAAGAUGGCGACGAUGCCGAGGAGCUGCUGGGGAAGGGAGCUCGGAGCGCGGCGCUGCUCGCGGACAGGACCAGAAACGAGAUGACGGCGGAGGAGAAGAGGCGGACCCACCAGAAGGAGUUGGCCAAUCAUUUGAACGAAGAAGCCAAGCGCCGUCUGACGGAGCAGAAGGGAGAGCAGCAGAUUCAGAAGGCAAGAAAAUCGAACGUGUCCUAUAAGAACGUGUCUCAGAUGCCCAGAGAAAGAGACAUCAGAGAAAUGAAGAUCUUCAUCGACAAGAAGUACGAGACGGUCGUCAUGCCCGUCUUUGGUAUCGCCACGCCGUUCCACAUCGCCACCAUCAAGAACAUCAGUAUGUCGGUAGAAGGAGACUACACCUACCUGAGGAUCAACUUCUACGUCCCCGGCAGCUCUCUGGGUCGACAAGAGGGAAAUAUCUUCCCCAACCCUGAUGCCACGUUCGUCAAGGAAAUCACGUACCGAGCGUCCAACCUGAAGGCCCCCGGCGACACGUCGGUGCCCUCCACCAACCUGCAGAACGCUUUCCGCAUCAUCAAGGAGGUACAGAAACGCUACAAGACGCGAGAGGCAGAGGAGAAGGAGAAGGAGGGCAUCGUCAAGCAAGACUCGCUGGUCAUCAACCUCAACCGCAGCAACCCCAAGCUCAAAGACCUCUACAUCCGACCCAACAUCGCCCAGAAGAGGAUGCAGGGCUCGCUGGAGGCUCAUACUAACGGUUUCCGUUUCACGUCGGUCCGCGGAGACAAAGUGGACAUCCUCUACAACAACAUCAAACACGCCAUCUUCCAGCCGUGCGACGGGGAGAUGAUCAUCGUUCUGCACUUCCACCUCAGAAACGCCAUCAUGUUUGGCAAGAGACGCCACACAGACGUCCAGUUCUACACAGAAGUCGGGGAGAUCACCACAGACUUGGGUAAACACCAACACAUGCACGACCGAGACGACCUGUACGCCGAGCAGAUGGAGCGGGAGAUGAGGCACAAGCUCAAGUCGGCCUUCAAGAACUUCAUCGAGAAGGUGGAGACGCUGACGAAAGAGCAGCUGGAGUUCGAGGUGCCCUUCAGAGACCUGGGGUUCCAGGGCGCCCCCUACAGGAGCACCUGCCUGUUACAACCCACAUCCAGUUCCCUUGUCAAUGUCACUGAAUGGCCGCCGUUUGCCGUGACCCUGGACGAAGUGGAGCUGGUCCACUUUGAGCGCGUGCAGUUCCACCUUAAGAACUUUGACGUGGUCAUUGUCUACAAGGACUACAACAAGAAGGUCACCAUGAUCAACGCCGUGCCCGUCAACUCCCUGGACCCCAUCAAGGAGUGGCUGAACUCGUGUGACAUCAAGUACACGGAGGGAGUCCAGUCUCUGAACUGGACCAAGAUCAUGAAGACCAUCGUGGACGACCCCGAGGGUUUCUUUGAGCAGGGGGGCUGGUCCUUCUUAGACCCAGAGAGCGAAGGAAGUGGAGGAGAGGAGGAUUCAGAAUCUGAGAUGGAGGAUGAAACGUUCAACCCGUCAGCAGACGAGGAAGAGGAAGAGGAGGAGGACAGUGAUGAGGAUUACAGCUCAGAGACGGAGGACUCGGUGGAGUACAGCGAGUCGCUGGGCAGCGAGGAGGAGAGCGGGAAAGACUGGGACGAGCUGGAGGAAGAAGCCAGGAAAGCUGACAAAGAGAGUACUUACGAGGACGAGGACACCUCCAACAGGAAGAGGAAGAUCCGGCCGUCAGCCCCGCCCAGCAAGAAGAAGCGACGGUCCUAAAUGUCACACAGAUACACGCACGCACACACGCACACACGCACACACACACACACACACACACACUGCCAAAACCUAGCUGACCCUUGACCUUUCCUCCCACCCCAACUGACUCUUGUUGCCCGAACAUUUCUUACACACACACACACACACACACACACACACACACACACACACACACACGAUGUGUAUAAAGACGUAGACGGCCCUUAUUUUUGUGUUGGUCAGUGAAGUGUCAACGUAGAGACGUUAAAGAAGGAGCAGUCGCACACUUCACUCUUCAGCUCUUCUCCCUCUUCAUUCCUUCCUCAUUUCUCUUUUGUUUCCCUCUUCCCAUCUCCAUCCAUCUAUCAGGGUUUCACGUGUGUGUGUGUGUGCGUGCAAGUGUGUGUGUGUGUGUGUUUAAAUGGGUUUUUAAUUGCGAGCAUUGUUUAUUUUUUUGUUUAAAAAAAAAUAAGUUUCUUAACUAAUGAAUAAUAAAAGAUGAGACCUGACCGAUCCUCUGCCAAGUGUUUUAUAUAAAAACUGAGAUUCCCUCUCCUCCUCCUCCUCCUCGUCUACAUUUCACUUUCCCGCCAUGUUUUCUUCUGUGUUCGUUAAAUUGUGGUAAUUAAAUGGAACAUUUCUUUUCUUUGACGGGGGGGGGGGGUGGGCAGA